GUUUUAUUUUGAGGGGUGGCGUAUUUAUUUUUCCAUAAAGAGAAGAAGAAUAAACUGCUUCCUACUCCUAGUCCUCUCCUCUCCUCUCCUCUAUUUCCCCACUAUCGCAUUCUCUCUAUCUCUGAGAAACUAAAAUACACACACUCUCUCUAAUAUUCUCUCUCUAAAAAUCAAAGUCUCUCUCCUCAUCAAAAUCUGAAAUGGCGUCCCCGCGUGAGGAGAGCGUGUACAUGGCCAAGCUGGCGGAGCAGGCCGAGCGCUAUGAGGAGAUGGUCGAGUUCAUGGAGAAGGUCGUCAACGCCGUCGACGGCGACGAACUCUCCGUGGAGGAGCGCAACCUCCUCUCCGUCGCCUACAAGAACGUCAUCGGCGCCCGCCGCGCCUCCUGGCGGAUCAUCUCCUCUAUCGAGCAGAAGGAGGAGAGCCGCGGCAACGAGAGCCACGUCUCCUCCAUCAAGAGCUACAGAUCUAAGAUCGAGUCGGAGCUCUCCUCCAUUUGCGACGGCAUUCUCAAACUCCUCGACACCAAGCUCAUCGGAUCCGCCUCCAACGGAGAUUCCAAAGUCUUCUACUUGAAGAUGAAGGGUGAUUACCACCGCUACUUGGCGGAGUUUAAGACCGGAGCCGAGCGCAAAGAAGCCGCCGAGAACACUCUCUCCGCCUACAAGUCCGCUCAGGACAUUGCUAAUACUGAGCUCGCCCCUACUCAUCCAAUCCGUCUCGGCCUGGCACUCAACUUCUCCGUCUUCUACUACGAGAUCUUGAACUCUCCUGAUCGCGCUUGCAAUCUUGCUAAACAGGCUUUUGACGAGGCCAUAGCUGAGUUGGACACUCUUGGUGAGGAAUCUUACAAGGAUAGCACCUUGAUCAUGCAGCUUCUGCGUGACAACCUUACCUUGUGGACUUCGGAUAUGCAGGUUUGUGGCACUUUCCUGACAGAGUGCUCUGGUUUCAUUCUUGGUGUAAGAAGAUAGUGAUCAAUGAUCUUGUUCCUCAUUGUUUUGCAGGAUGAUAAUUCUGAGGAGAUCAAGGAAGCACCUAAGCCUGACAACGAGUAGAAAAGGUUUUUGUGGUUUAGGAUCUAUUCGGGUAUCUCGCCUUUGCUAUUCUCUCUCUCUAUAUCUGUUGAAGGAAUCAAGAAUUGCUGGUUGUAGCAUGUAGUUAGGCUAAUAGUCUGCUUCUUUGGUGAUGUCCAGUUUUAGAUGGGUUUCUCCCUCAUGUUCUUGUGAUUUCUUAUCUUUUGAUAACUUUCCUAAAGAUCGAUAUUGGUGCCUUA